AUGGUGUUGGCAGUUGAUCUCUUGAACCCUACUCAUGAAUCUGAGAUGAGAAAGCACAAGCUUAAACAGCUUGUCCAAGGCCCUCGCAGCUUCUUCAUGGAUGUCAAGUGCCCUGGUUGCUUCAACAUUACCACUGUUUUCUCCCACGCUCAAACCGUUGUUAUCUGCGGCUCUUGUGCUUCCGUUCUUUGCCAACCCACAGGUGGUAAGGCUCGCCUCAUGGAAGGCUGCUCUUUCAGGAGAAAGAACUAA